CUGUCUUCACCCUUCAUCCUCCACAGCCAUGACGGAGCAGUCUUCGGUGCCAGACAACACUGAGAUAUUCAAACAGCUGGAGGAAUAUCAAUGGGAUAAAGAUCCCCAGUUCCAGGGCGGACUCUCCGCUAUUCUAGGGAAUGCCAAAGAUCCCAACCAAGUUCAAGAAUUGACCCUUCGCGCUCAAUGCUUCUACCUUUCCCGCAAGAAGUCAAUCUCCAUAGACUUUGACGCCUACAAAGCAUACUUAGCUGCUAAACACACGGCUCAAGUGCCCACGGCUCAAGUCCCUUCAGAGACCGCUCCCCAAUCAACCCCCACCGCCACCAGCUCUGAACAUGCGGGGAAUGCACACGAUGAACUCGACGUACCCCCCGCCUCUCCAUCCCCUGAUACCAACACUACCACCCCCCCUCCCUCUUCCGACAAAGGAGCAGCUGCGCCCUACCCCCCAACCUUUGCAGAGAUAGUCGAGCUUAUCACAUCCGGCGCUCCAAUCCCAGGCAUUAAAGAGAUACCCCCAACCUUGCUCACCUCGCAAGCCACCAAACCCUCGGUCGCGAAGCGCAGGAAGCCAUGGGAGAAGGAUCUGCCAGAGGAUGUCGUGCAGGGUGUUGGGAUGCAAGAGGGAGAGGGAGACCAAAGGAAUGUCGAGGGUACGUUUGGGGAUCGACGGGAUAAGAUUGUGAUUCAGGAUUUGCCUGAGGAGUAGCUUGCAGACUAGGAAUGGGGGUGAAAGUCGGGAUCAGGGGUACAGGGAGUGGAGUUGCUUGAUCGGCUACAUGCAUGGACUGGCGUUUAAUGAGAUGAUUUGAAGACUGACAUACGUAUCAUAUCUAGUGUUGAAUGGUUUGGGGAAGCAAGCAUUGGUGCUAAAUUGCGUGGACUUCAUAUCGGAGUCUUGCCUUGGGGAGGAGGCCGAGUAAGCUCGGCGUUGUCUUCAAAAUAGCACGUUUUACGCCAAUACAUAUAUGACUUCGUUCAGAUAUUGAGUUUGUGUUGUGCUAUGUCUUUGUGUUUAUUGCAAUCUUGUUGGAAACUGGUGGAGUGGCAGGAAUUGGGCACACGAGCAUUGGCAUCUAUCUCAAUCACCAAUUUGAAAUGAAGGCUCUCUGUGUUCUGUAAUGACUGAUUAAAUAACAAAG